UUGAAAAUGUUUUGAAUUUGAAUGAAAUAGGACAUUUUGAAAGUAAUAUUUUAUUAUUAUUUUAAUUUAUAUUUUGUGGACGAUGGUGAGAAUUAUUAAUAAAUUAAGGUAUCUGAAUUCUCGUGCUCUCAAUAUAAGCAUUUACAAAACGCGCCUGUACAGUUCUAAUAUUGAUGCUGAAGCAGUUGUGGUAUCAAGAAUAAGAAAUUUUAGCAUAGUUGCACAUGUUGAUCAUGGCAAAAGUACCUUAGCUGACAGGUUACUUGAGUUAACGGGAGCUAUAAAACCUGGCAACGAAACCAGCCAAGUAUUGGACCAACUUCAGGUGGAGAGAGAAAGGGGUAUAACUGUUAAGGCUGUAACAGCAUCUUUAAAUUACAAAUACAAAAAUGAAGAUUAUCUUCUAAAUCUCAUAGACACCCCUGGUCAUGUUGAUUUCUCCAACGAGGUUGUCCGUAGCGUAAAAGCAUGCCAAGGCGUAAUAUUUCUUGUUGACGCUAACGAAGGCGUUCAAGCACAGACUGUCGCCGUCCACUCUCUGGCAAAAAGGAACAACUUAGUCAUAAUACCAACACUCAAUAAAGUUGACUUGCCUCGAGCAGACCCAGAGAAUACCAAAUCUCAGUUAAAGUCCUUAUUCAACAUCGACCCAGACACUGUUUUAAGUAUAUCAGCGAAAAAAGGAUGGGGAGUCAAAGAGUUAUUGGAAGCUGUAAUUUUAAGAAUCCCACCACCAAAUGCAGAUUUAACCAAACAUUUUAAAGCAACAAUUAUAGAUACAUGGCAUGAUAAAUACAGAGGUGUAAUGUGCUUGGCAUAUAUUGAAUCUGGUUCGAUAGAGGUUGGACAGACAGUAAAGUGGAGAUCGGAUUUGAAGCAGCAUACUCUGAAAUAUUUGGCACUUCUACGACCAUCCGAGCAACCUAUACAGAAGGCUGUGGCAGGGCAAGUAGUAAUGGUAGGUUGUGGCCCCAAAGGCGGUGGGUCAGUAGGCGAUGAGCUGCUGUCCCUGGAGUCGGCGGAGACAACUAAAGUAGCUUCGGCUCCCGCGGUCAAGCACAUGGUGUAUGCAGGGAUAUUCCCCGCCGACCAGUCGCAGCACACACAGCUCAGUGAAGCUAUCAAGAAACUGGCUUUGAAUGAUUCGGCCGUCAGCGUCAAUGUGGAUUCUAGUCCAGCCUUAGGUCAGGGGUGGCGAAUCGGAUUCCUUGGCCUAUUGCACCUGGACGUAUUCACACAACGCCUCUUACAGGAACACAAAGCUGAAGCGAUACUUACAGCUCCCUCUGUGCCAUACAAAAUUAAAGUGAAGGGAGCCAAAGUGAUAAAACAGUACAAAGGCGAAGAGGUUAUCAUCACAAACCCUUUGCAGUUACCUGAUCCCAGCAACAUCGUCGAGUAUUACGAACCACUUGUUAUAGGCACAAUAAUAACACCGGUAGAAUACAUCGGGGCUGUGAACACUCUGUGCGUGGAUCGCAGGGGAACCCCCCUCCCAUCAAACGCAGUGGACGAGAAGAUGACAUUGAUGCAGUUCAUACUACCACUUUCAGAAGUGGUUGUCGACUUUCACGAUACAUUGAAGAGUUUGACGUCCGGAUUUGCCAGCUUCGACUAUCAGGACUACGGGUUUCAUCCAAGCUCUUUAGUUAGAAUGGAUAUACUAAUAAACGGCGUGCUAGUGGACGAACUGACGACCAUAGUACACACCAGCCGCUUAGAAUAUAACGCCAGAAGGCUGACGUCGAAACUCAAGGAAAUGAUACCACGGCAAAUGGUGCAGGUCGCAAUUCAAGCUGUUGUAAAUGGAAAAGUGUUUUCAAGAGAAACACUGAAGGCGUAUAGAAAAGAUGUAACUGCUAAACUAUAUGGUGGCGAUGUGACCCGGAAAAAGAAGCUAUUGAAACAGCAGGCCGAGGGGAAGAAGAAAAUGCGGAGUGUUGCCAACAUUAAAAUACCAAGAGACACAUUUGUUGAUGUACUGAAAAGAUAGUAUAAGUUCUAAAUAAAUAAUUUAUUAGUUA